AUGAACACCCUCAACCUCCAAGCGCUAGACGUACCAGAUGUCUCUUUGCCGUCAUCGCCAGGAUUCAGACCCGCGCCAAAACCGAUACCUCCAGGACAGAUCGCGCCUGCGCAGAAAUCUCUUGACGAAAACAAGGGUAAUGAAGGGAUUGCAGUCGUCAUCGACAAGAGAAGCGAGGAGGACCGCCAGAGGACAACUACACCAGCGGUUGACGCGCACAACGACGAGGCCAGCACGCUCCCAAGUCUUUCCAAACCAGACGAUGAAUUGAGGUCUCCAAUAUCUCAGCCUGCUGAUGGACCAUCUCUUGGACAAACAACUGGUGCCGAGUCCGAGCCUCCUGGCCCGUUGAAAGUCGUUCCUGUUCUGGCAGAAGAUGAGUCACGUCCCUCCGUCACCGUCGGUCGUCAACCAAGCCCAACUCCCCCUCUUCUCGUUCCAGUUCCAGCAGCUGCCGAACCACAGUCCUCACCAGCCUCCACGAAUGGACCAGACUCGGCCAACACCCCUGCGCCAACUGCUGGGUCGCCAGGAACGAGCCCCGGUGUUGAUGUACCGCUCAUUACAUCCGAUAUCGCCCCGGAGGGAAAACCUCCAGAUCCUGGCCAUGCUGCUUUGGAGCAGUCACCGCUCUCACCAACAGCGACGAACCAGCGCAGCGCGAGUAGAGAUCAUGCUCCCUCCGAUGAUGUUGAGAUGUCCGGAAUGCUCAACGUGGGAUCCACGGCUUCGACUUCUGACGGUCAUAACAAGCUCGCUGCAGAGCCAUUGAAUGUAUCACAAAUGCAGCGACCCACGAUGCGGAUAGACACAGAGGCAGAGACAGACUCAUAUUUCAAAGCACGACCUGGAGGAGGAUUUGUCGAAAGUCCCGCGCCGAUAACGGGUACGACUCCGAAGAAGAAUGUGCCCACAACGCCAUCAUCUCAGGAGCCUGCGAAACGCGCAACUAGGAUCUCCUCUGGGGUGCUGCAGAAGAAAUCCGUAUCGGAAAUCCUCGGUGAGACGCCAAAGACCUCUACGCCACCAGCUGAGUCGCCAUCGUCAGCCGUCAACCGCGAUGCCUCUGGUGGCACGACUCCCCAGGGCCGAGCGGCUGACCGUGACCGCCGCGAUAAGGAACGCAGUAGGUUGUCAACCGUGGUGUUUGCCAAACCGCAGAAGUCUACGGUUGACGAGGAGAAUCUCGAGUUGACACGUAUUGGCGAUGGUGAAGCCCAGCGACUAGGGCCUGGUGAGAGAGAUUACCUCUACACUUUGUUUGAGAACAAGGCACAUUCCAUGUCACGGCAAAGCACGAUGUCUUACCUCAUUCAAAAUGCCCACAAGACACUGUCCACCUCGGAUCACCUCAUUGAGUACGAGCUAUCGGCGGAGUGUCGGAUACUGAAACGACUCUACCAACUGCAGGAGAAGCAACGCUGGUCUCUGAGGCAGUACAAGCGUGCUGAUGAAGCAUCGAGACCAACCUCUCAUUGGGAUUUCUUGCUUGAUCAUAUGAAGUGGAUGCGUACCGACUUCAGGGAAGAGCGAAAGUGGAAGCUAGCAGCUGCGAGAGGACUCGCAGAAAGCUGUGCGGAGUGGGUCGCAAGCUCUGCUGAAGACAGAAAACGUCUACAGGUGCACGUUCGGCCACCAAGACUUCUACCCGAGCCAGCCGACUCUCAAGACGUGGCUAUGGACGACGGUCCUGGACCAACACUUUCUUCACACCCCACUCCCGAUCUGGUGCCUUCCAAUGAGGACGAUUCCGCAAGUGAUGAGUUCGCAGACCCUCGAGAGGUGCAAAUGUCCAGUGCUCCCGCUGCGAUAUUCUCGCUGGGGGCCUCUGACUUCAGUUUUGCCGUUGACAAAACCCCUGCUCUGGACAAGCUUUUGAACGAGCUACCCCUCUACGAGCCUUCCAUUGUCGAGGCAGAUAGUUCCACAUCCAACUUGGGAGAACGGCUCGAUUCGAAAUGGAAGACAGAUAUUGUGCCUGUUUCAAGGUGGGCUACUGAGAAACUACUGGUCAAGGAAUACAAGCCUCCAAUGAAACGAAGCCGGUACGACUACGAGCCUGACCCUUCGCCAAAGAAGAAAUCAGAGCCACUUCCACCAGAAGAGACCAACGUUGCGCUGUUCAUGCCCGAGAACAAAGCCAUUCGAGACAGAAUCCAUCCUGGACAUUCUUUCCGGCCCCCGUCAGAGCAUCCAAUGCCUACACAAGCCUUCUUCGAGACGCGGGCGUCGUCGCAAUGGACACCUGCGGAAGACGAUGAACUGAAGAAGCUUGUCAAAGAUUAUUCCUACAAUUGGUCUCUCAUUUCCAGUUGUCUUACUCCCCCAAGCUUGUAUACGUCGGGUGCCGACAGACGGACACCGUGGGAAUGCUUUGAAAGAUGGAUCGGAUUGGAGGGCCUACCUGCCGAUAUGUCAAAGACGGCCUACUUCAAGACGUAUUCCGGUAGAAUUGAGGCAGCCGGAAGACAUGUGGCUGCUCAGAUUGAAGAGGCUCAAAGAAGAGCCGGUGCCAAUGUCCAGAUCUCGACGCGCAAGAGGACAACACAGCCCGUUAGAGUCGAACGAAAGAGGACCCAACGACAUCUUGCUAUGCUUGAUGCUAUGCGGAAGCUGGCCAAAAAGCGAGAGACGGCUCUCCAGAAACAACAACAUCAAGCCGAUCUCGCCGCCAUGCGCAAAGUCAAUGAUGCAAACGUGCCCAAGCCGUCUUAUAAGACUCCAGCAGAGUUCUCCCAGCUCAAGCAAGAGCGGGAGCAGAAACUCGCCGAGCGUCAAGAGAUAUAUCGGCAGCAACUUAUCGCACACCAACGUGCCACUGCACAGCAACAACGUGGUCAAAAUGGUCAACCCAAUGGACUACCAAACGGCAUGCCUGCUGUUGGACCCGGAAUGCGUGCUCCAUCCUCAGGCGGCGUGCCCGGAUUGCCAAAUGGUAAUAUCCAGAUACCUAAUGGUCAUCCUCGUCAUCCGGCUAUGAUGGCCGCCGCAAUGCAAGGGAAUAUGCAGCUACCACCGGGUAUGAUGGCACCCAAAAUAACGCCACAGAUGCAGGCACAAAUGCAGGCACAACUCGCCGCCCGAGGUGGAGUAACUUCGCCCCAGCAGAUGCGAAUGCUCCAGGAAGCGACCAGAGCGCAGCAAGAACAGCUUUUGCGACAAGCUCAGGCCCAAAAUGGUCCUCAUUCUUCUCCGAACCACCCUCACGCCGCCCUCGCAAAUGGUCAAGGCAUGAAUAAUGCUGCUUACAGGGCUGCAAUGGCUGCUGCUGCCGCGAACGGCAAUGCGUCUCCUUCGGGCCAUAUGAAUGGAAGCUCACCCCGCCCCAAUACCGCUAAUUCCGGCCAGGCUUUAUCCAGUGGGCACGUUCCUGUUUUGACCCAGAUCGCUAACAAGAUCCGAGAGCAUCAUCCCAACUUGUCAGAGGAAGAGGUACAACGGCUUGCGUCGCAACAGCUCCAAACAUAUCAACACCAAGCAACAGCAGCCGCUGCGGGACAAAAUCACAAACGCCCCCAGCCUCACAAUCAGGCGGCGUUGAAUGCAGCGCUUGGUGCUGUGAAUGCUGGGAAUAAUGCCUCCGCCGCUGCCGCGGCUGCUGCAGCUGCCGCACAACUAGGACAUCCAAACAUGAUGACCAAUGAGCAACUGCAACAAUACAACCAGCGGAUCAGGAUGCAACAAGCUCAGCAACACGCCGCUCGAAACCUGCAAGCGAUGCAGAUGCAGCAAAUGGCCGGCAUGCCCAAUGGAAUGGCAAAUUCCCCGGUAAUGAAUAUGGCCCGGCCAGUGAGCCAACAUGGGAACCAGGGGCAAAUGAGUCGCAGCGCCACCCCGAGGGACCAGCGGAGCUCCAGCCAGAGCAAUGUUAAUGGCAAUGGACCUGGGCAACAGAGCAGCCCACGACAGGCUCCACAGAGCAUGCAGACAUGA